AUGCCAACUGUGAACGGAUUUUCUGUCGGACCUGUUGGGUUUGGAUUGAUGGGAUUCACUUGGAGAACCGAGCAGACUCCUGACGAACAAGCUUUUGAAACCAUGGACUAUGCCGUGGAACAUGGAGCCACCUUUUGGAACGGCGGUGAAUUCUACGGAAUGAAUCCACCUACAGCGAAUUUGAUGCUGCUGGCUCGCUAUUUUGAAACGAGACCGGAAAAUGCAAACAAGGUGUUUUUGUCAAUUAAGGGUGGUAUCGAUAGCACGCUUACUCCACGCGGUGAUAAGGAGAAUAUUGGCAAAAGUAUCAAAAACGUAUUGAAACAUCUUCGCGGUACCAAAAAGCUCGAUCUUUUUGAAUGUGCUCGUGUUGACUCCAAAGUGCCUAUUGAGGAGCAAAUGAAAACUCUCAAAAAGUUUGUAGAUGCAGGAGAUAUUGGUAGUGUUGGCUUAAGUGAAGCAUCUGCCAACACCAUUCGUCGUGCUCACGCUGUUCUGCCCUUAGCUGCUGUCGAAGCGGAAUACUCCUUGUGGUCUCGUGAAGUUGAAGAAAACGGUGUUUUGUCCACUUGCAAGAGUUUGAACAUUCCCCUUAUUGCCUAUAGUCCCGUUGCCCGCGGUUUACUCACCGGUACUGUAAAGAAAAUAGAAGACUUGGAACGGUUUACAAAGUCUUUCCCCUUCCUUCACCACCUGGAUCGUUUUCAGCCCGAAACAUUCAAGAAGAACCUCACUUGCAUUCAUGCCCUUGAAGCGCAGGCAGAGUCUUACAACCUAACACUUCCUGAGAUGGCUAUAAGUUUUCUAAUUGCCGUGGGUGAAGGCAAGGUUAUUCCCAUUCCAGGAGCCACCAAUGUAGCCCGUCUUAAACAAAACCUGAAGGCAGCUCUUAAACCUUUAUCACCAGUCCAAGUUAAGGAAAUUUAUGCUACGUUGGAGAAGUUUCCCAUUGCGGGUUAUCGCUAUAAUGAACAGAUUGAACCUACACUUAAUGUUUAA